AUGGCCAUGCUAACAGUUCCUGGAAACGACACCAUCGACCGGGAAAACGAAAAAAGAAUGAAUGACAUUUUCCACUUCGGGACCAUGGAGGAUGUUGAUAAACUCGGCAUUUUUUGGAAAAUUCGAAGAUGUGCUUGGGCGUCGUGUGCGGAUUCAACAUAUGGCCAUUGUACCCCGAGUCUAGGGCCUUUUAAAUGUGAACAGGUUACACCCUGGAAUAUUGAGGAAUUUGGGCGGGUUAUGUUUAGACCUUAUUGUGAGGCUGCUAAUGCUGGCAUCGACUUGGAUAUCGCUGGUCAAGGAAUUGUCACCGCUUAUAUCAUUCAGCUUGUGCUUGUACUCUUUUUCGGUCUCUGCUUCAAGCUGACGACAUCUUGGAUCCGUACGUUUGGCCGAAUGGCAGGCGCUUUUCAGCAAGGUUCAUCCCUUAGUGAGAAAUGCCACGAGGUGCAGGUCAGACUAUCGCGGACUCGCUUCGCCAACGCUUCGUCUUCGGCAAUGAGGGACUUCCAAGAAUCUCAGGCGCUUUUCGCUGCAACAAUCUCCAUCACGGCCAUCAUCACCUUCGAUGGCAGUAACAAAGCCGGCAUGGCAAACAUGCUAAGUCUGUUCUCGUGGAUGUUCAAUCAUCGCAUCCUGCAAGGCCUCAUCACAGCAGGCAUGUAUCCCGUUCUCCUGGCACAGUUACUCUGCCAGCGGAACUUCUACACACUUUUCUUCGUCAUCCUCUCAUGGAUAUUCAUGGCUGUUAUCACCGAGUUCCAGGAUUUCAAUACCAAAGCUUUUGAAAAGCAUUUGAAGCAAGUCUCAACGGUACGAUCCUGUGGAAACAUGCCUGGGCCAAUGAGCUUUUGCCAGGGUAUCAAAGAGAAGGAGAACUAUGAGUUCUUUCCGAUUACCCUGGCGUGUAGAUAUGUUGUACAUGUUAUUGUAUCAUGUCUUAUCAUCGACUAUGUGGCGUCCUUUGUCAAGAAACACCUUUUGGGAGAUCAGGCCAAGUACAAGCAGCUGGGUGGAACUGCACCGCCAUUCCUUUCCUCCUGGGAGACCAAAGGUGCCAAGCGAGGCUUGGGGAUCUUCUGGGUGUUGGUUGGUACCCUGACUAUGAGCAUGAUCUUUGUCAGUUUGAUAGAGCUGCUUGAGUUGCUCAAUAUGCAUUCGGCUGACGGAGGAGUCUCGACAUGGGCCUUUGGUCAACUUGUUGCUGUUGCCAUCUGGUUUCCUGUUGCGAUCAAGUUUUUAGCUUUGAAUAUCGUUGGACCGAGAAAGGAAGCCGAGCGAUCGAGCGAUCAGAUAGAUGGAGCGCAGGUGGAACUGGUCGAUCAUUCGUACAGGAAGAUCAGACGCUAA